GUAUUUAACCAGGAAAAUAAAAACAGAUAAUUUCCAAUGUUGUUUUAGUGUCAAGAUAAGAUUUCAAAAAAAUCUCCAAAUUUACACCCAAAAACCUUAAAAUCUCCAGCUUUCAUGACACCAAUGUUGCUUCAAUCCAACUAAAGCUUCUGUUUUUUCGAUUACAAACAUGAAUAUCACGAUAAGUUUUCGCGGGAACUUGAGUUUGUUGCCACAGUGUAGUUCUUGCUGCCAUGUUCGUUUCCAGCCAUUUUUAGCUUCUUUUCAUGUUCCUCGCUCAAAACGCUGUCGUUUUGCAAGUUUUAGUUCAUACCAGGUUUCAAGGAAGAAGAGAGAGAUUGUUUGUAGAGUAACUGACACAGAUACUGAACCAGAUAGCAAUAAUGAUAAGGAAAAACAAAUAAAUGAAGAUGGGGAAAACCCACCUGCUACUGAUACCCAUCAGAAAAAUGACAAACCUGAGCUUGAUUCGCAGCUUGAUGCUGUGAAUAGGGUAAUCAACAAUGAUACAGAAACAAAUGGUCUCGGUGGUGGUGUGCAGGAUGUCAAUGAUGUUGAAGUUGCUAGUGGAUCCCCUUUGCCAGGUGUAAAGCCACAGCAACUGGAUGAAGCAAUGAGGCUUCCCAAGGAAACAAUAGACAUUCUUAAAGAUCAAGUAUUUGGUUUUGAUACAUUUUUCGUGACAAGUCAGGAGCCAUACGAGGCUGGAGUUUUGUUUAAAGGAAAUCUACGUGGAGAGGCUGCGAAAAGCUAUGAAAAGAUAUCAAUGAGAUUGCAGAAUAAAUUUGGAGAUCUGUAUAAGCUUUUUCUUCUGGUCAAUCCAGAGGAUGAUAAACCAGUAGCAGUUGUAGUUCCAAAGAUGACGUUACAACCAGAGACAACUGCUGUUCCUGAGUGGUUUGCUGCUGGUGCGUUUGGGUUAGUCACGGUGUUUACAUUACUUCUUCGGAAUGUUCCUGCAUUGCAGUCCAACUUAUUAUCGACUUUCGAUAAUCUCGACUUGUUAAAGGAUGGCCUUCCUGGAGCUCUUGUUACUGCACUUGUUAUAGGGGUGCAUGAACUUGGCCACAUUAUAGUUGCAAAAAGUUCUGGAGUUAAGCUUGGGGUGCCGUUCUUUGUUCCCAGUUGGCAGAUAGGCUCUUUUGGUGCCAUAACUAGGAUAACAAAUAUUGUACCAAAGCGCGAAGAUCUUUUGAAGGUGGCAGCAGCGGGACCUUUAGCUGGGUUUUCCUUGGGUUUUGUUCUUUUCCUUUUGGGAUUCAUCCUACCUCCCAGCGAUGGAAUUGGCAUCGUCGUUGAUGCUUCAGUGUUUCAUGAGUCAUUUCUUCUUGGGGGCUUAGCAAAGCUGCUACUCGGUGAUGUACUCAAAGAGGGCACUCCCAUAUCUGUUAACCCACUACUGAUUUGGGCUUGGGCUGGACUUCUUAUAAAUGCCAUCAACAGUAUUCCUGCCGGAGAGCUAGAUGGAGGACGAAUAUCUUUUGCAAUAUGGGGAAGAAAGGCUUCAGCUCGCUUCACGGGUUUCUGCAUUGUGCUGCUAGGCCUAUCCUCGCUUUUUAGCGAUGUAGCAUUUUACUGGGUGGCACUUAUAUUCUUCUUGCAGAGGGGACCAAUCGCUCCACUCGCAGAGGAAAUCACAGAUCCUGAGGAGAAGUAUGUUGGUCUUGGAAUUUUAGUUUUGCUCUUAGGAUUGCUGGUAUGCUUACCCUAUCCAUUCCCUUUCACAGAUGAAGUUAUUUCAAGUUUCUAGUCAUUCUUUUCAUAUAUACUCUACUACCGUAACAUACCCUUUUCGAUAGAAUUUUGAGAGUCAAUGCUAGGAAGAUUUGUCCAAACAAAUUGUUCAAGUAUACAUCUUCCCUUGUAAAGUAGCAGAAUUUAAUUGAAAGCGACUUAUCAUGAAUAAUUUGUCGAA